CUGAACAGUGAUAUAGAGUGACUCAAAUGAUAAAUGAUCUGUGUGCAGAAGUAAGGACUCAUGGCUUGUACGGGACAGUCCGCCUCCCAGUAUGUAGAGGGCGCCAGACGACACCUGGUAAAUGGGUUACAAAGCCUUUCAAUAAUUCUAGAGAACUUGUUUCAGCAAGAAGUUCUGUGUGAAGAAGAGGUGAGCAAAAUCCAAGCUGAGAAGGACGACUUUGAUAAAAGAAGACAAAUAUUGGAUAAAGUUAUAAAAAAAGGGGAUGGUGCAUGCUAUGAGUUUCUCAGGAUUAUUGACAAGACGAGGCAGAGGACCUUAGGGAAACCGUCUCUGGAAAAUGUUGGGUUUGACCUCCACUACUGGAUCAGCUGCUAUCCUUUCAGGGAAGAUACAAAAAUGGACAACAAGUACCUUCAAGGCCCAAGACAGUGUCUCAAUUUUCAGAACAGGUUGAAGUCAAAAGCACAAAUAGCACAUCAGGAGUUUUGGUCGUUGAAGAAGAAUCUGUGCAGACCUAACCUGUCGUACUCCCCACUUGUCUUAGAAACACAUGGAAGCAUUGGUCCUUCUAAGACAAAGAAGUUUAAGAGCAAGAAAAGCAAACUGAGCCGCCCUAAAAAGCUGCGGACUUACCUCCCUGAGGAAAAAGUACAGAUUUCCCCCAGCGACCUGAUGAAAAAAAAUAAUACCAUACUUUUGGUUGGAAAGUCUGGAAUUGGAAAGACAGCAGUGGCUCAUGAAAUGUGGAGACAGUGGGCAGAAAGACAUGACACAGAGUUAGAUUACAUGCUUUACUUUGACAUGAGAGGAGCUUCACACUUCACGACGGCUAUGAAAUUACAGGAUCUACUUUUCAAUGAGUUUAGUCAAUCAGAUGAAGACCGAGACGAAGUCUUACGAGACAUAAUGAAGAACUCUGAGAAGGUCACAAUGAUCUUUGAUGGAGUCUCAGAUCUCCACUCUUCUUCUGUGGUGCAGAGGCUUGUAAAGAAGGAUCUGCUACCUGAUGCAAAGAUCAUCAUCACAUGCAGACCAGACGAUGAAGAGGACAUCGAAGAUGACCUUCCAGAGAAUUUUCUCAGAGUGGAAGUGAAAGGCUUCAGUGAACAGACCAUAAGAACAUACUUGUCUGAAAACCUCGGUGAAGAACACAAACAGGUUGUAAACAACUUAGAGUUGUUUACUCUUUGCCAUGUCCCGAUGUAUGCUCUAAUGGUGGUCGUGUGCUUUUCCUCAAAGACACAGCCGUGCACUAUAACUGAGCUCUACAUCAAUAUUGUUCGCUUUUGUCUUCAGAAGAACAGUAAAACAAGAGAACGAUUUUUAAACUCAUAUAUCAAGACAGAAGGAGAGAAAAUUCUAGCUCUGGCUAAAGCAGCUUUUGAUGCAACUGAAAGAAAAUCUGUGAUCCUGACAGGACUGGGCUGUGAAGACACAUGUGUUUGUCCUUUUCUGAAAACACUCAAUAUCAAAGUGGCUCCAACUGACACAGAAACCACAUCUGCAUUCCUUCAUUACACCAUGCAGGAGUUUUUUGCAGCACUGUGGCUCCUGAAGAAUCCACGUCAAAUGAAGGAUGUUCUUCAGCAGUGUUUCACCGAAGAGAAGAAACACAUGAAACAUCUGAUCCCUUUCAUGUGUCGACUGUUCAAUGAAAAAGCCCCUCGUUUGAUGGAGUUUCUGAUUCCAGCUGAUGAGCUGAAGAAGACGUCCAAGCACUUCUUUGAGGAACUGGACACCACAUUGAUCCCUCGUCAGUCCAACCAACAGUCUGAAACUGAGGACAGUAGUGAUUAUGUGGAUGUAUUGUUUCUUUGCCAGUGCUUGUAUGAGUCCCAGUCUCCUGAAACAUGUCUCUUGUUUCUGGACAAACUGGACUACUGUCUUGAUCUCAGUGGACAGAGUCUCGAUCCCUUUUCCUGCUGUGCUGUGUCUUAUGUGGUCACUCAGUCCCAGGAGAAGAAAGUAAAGCUGAACCUUGAGGAUGUGACGGUAUCAGAAGAAGGACUGAGACAAUUACAUGGAUGUCUUAAAAAUGUCCACUGGUGUUCACUUUUGCCACGUCAACUUUGGAAGAGUCUUCUUUUUGGUGUGGAAGAGAUGGACCACAUCAGCUUAGGGGGCCUUAAUGGGAACCAGUUGCACCUCCCAGUUAAUAGUAAAAGUGUGUCAGAUUGUUUCACACCAGUGAAAGUGUCAUGGAGGGAUGCAAAUGACUGUUUCUACUGGAACAAGACGACUCCUGCCUACCAAAAUCUGUAUGAGGUUUUCUCAAAGAUUUUGUCAAACAUCCGAUCACUCAGUUUUGAGACACAGAUAUCAGAUGUUCCAGAAGAAACCAAGUUGUUGGGGAAUCUGUUCUGUGCAGCAGCAGAGGGAGAAGAACUAACAGGAGAGAAGAUCCUCCAGCUCUUAUCAUCAGUGUGCAUGUAUCAGACAUUUCCUCUCACUCAGAGAUGGAUGGAUUUCCAACUGGACCUGUACUCUUAUGAACCUGAAGUAGCUGUAAAAGUCCUUCCAGCGUUACAGUCAGUUCCUACAGUCUGGACCAUAGACCUGUCAAAGAGAAAAGCCUCCAUCCUCCUGGAAGUGCUGAAACUCCAGUCAGAGAAGAAACAGGUGAAGGUGAAAGGAUGUUCACAUGAAGAGAGUGAAGUGAGGAGUUUCCUUCAGUGUCUGCCUUAUAUCUCACAGCUCAGUUUUUAUCCCUGGUUUGGCCUCAAAGAUCAAGUCAAGUUCUGUGGGAAUCUGUUCUGUGCAGCAGCAGAGAGAGACCAGCAGACAGGAGAGAAGAUCCUCCAGCUCUUAUCAUCAGUGUGCAAGUAUCAGACAUUUCCUCUUAAUGAUGAAGGUGAUGAAUACCUAGAUGAAGAUGAAUAUCAGUCUGUUUUCCUUCUGGAUCUGUACUGCCAUGUGAAGGACUAUGACAGUACAACAGGCAUGAGUGUCCUUCCAGCGUUACAGUCAGUUCUCCAGUCAGUUCCUACAGUCUGGACCAUAGACCUGUCAAAGAGAAAAGCCUCCAUUCUCCUGGAAGUGCUGAAACUCCAGUCAGAGAAGAAACAGGUGGAGGUGAAAGGAUGUUCACAUGAAGAGAGUGAAGUGAGGAGUUUCCUUCAGUGUCUGCCUUAUAUCUCACAGCUCAGGUGUCUGGCAUCACAUGCAUCACAGGAGGCCAAGUUCUAUGGGAAUCUGUUCUGUGCAGCAGCAGAGAGAGACCAGCAGACAGGAGAGAAGAUCCUCCAGCUCUUAUCAUCAGUGUGCAUGUAUCAGACAUUUCCUCUCACUCAGAAAUGGGUGGAUUUCCAACUGGACCUGUACUCUUAUGAACCUGAAGUAGCUGUAAAAGUCCUUCCAGCGUUACAGUCAGUUCUCCCGUCAGUUCCUACAGUCUGGACCAUAGACCUGUCAAAGAGAAAAGCCUCCAUCCUCCUGGAAGUGCUGAAACUCCAGUCAGAGAAGAAACAGGUGGAGGUGACAGGAUGUUCACAUGAAGAGAGUGAAGUGAGGAGUUUCCUUCAGUGUCUGCCUUAUAUCUCACAGCUCAGGUGUCUGGCAUUAAAUGCAUCACAGGAGGCCAAGUUCUGUGGGAAUCUGUUCUGUGCAGCAGCAGAGAGAGACCAGCAGACAGGAGAGAAGAUCCUCCAGCUCUUAUCAUCAGUGUGCAUGUAUCAGACAUUUCCUCUCACUCAGAAAUGGGUGGAUUUCCAACUGGACCUGUACUCUUAUGAACCUGAAGUAGCUGUAAAAGUCCUUCCAGUGUUACAGUCAGUUCUCCAGUCAGUUCCUACAGUCUGGACCAUAGACCUGUCAAAGAGAAAAGCCUCCAUCCUCCUGGAAGUGCUGAAACUCCAGUCAGAGAAGAAACAGGUGGAGGUGAAAGGAUGUUCACAUGAAGAGAGUGAAGUGAGGAGUUUCCUUCAGUGUCUGCCUUAUAUCUCACAGCUCAGGUGUCUGGCAUUAAAUGCAUCACAGGAGGCCAAGUUCUGUGGGAAUCUGUUCUGUGCAGCAGCAGAGAGAGACCAGCAGACAGGAGAGAAGAUCCUCCAGCUCUUAUCAUUAGUGUGCAAGUAUCAGACAUUUCCUCUCACUCAGAAAUGGGUGGAUUUCCAACUGGACCUGUACUCUUAUGAACCUGAAGUAGCUGUAAAAGUCCUUCCAGCGUUACAGUCAGUUCUCCAGUCAGUUCCUACAGUCUGGACCAUAGACCUGUCAAAGAGAAAAGCCUCCAUCCUCCUGGAAGUGCUGAAACUCCAGUCAGAGAAGAAACAGGUGGAGGUGAAAGGAUGUUCACAUGAAGAGAGUGAAGUGAGGAGUUUCCUUCAGUGUCUGCCUUAUAUCUCACAGCUCAGUUUUUAUCCCUGGUCUGACUUCAAAGAUCAAGUCAAGUUCUGUGGGAAUCUGUUCUGUGCAGCAGCAGAGAGAGACCAGCAGACAGGAGAGAAGAUCCUCCAGCUCUUAUCAUCAGUGUGCAAGUAUCAGACAUUUCCUCUGAAUGACAGACACACAGACUAUGAAUAUCAGUGUGGUUUCCUUCUGGAUCUGUGCUGCCAUGUGAAGGACUAUGACAGUACAACAGGCAUGAGUGUCCUUCCAGCGUUACAGUCAGUUCUCCAGUCAGUUCCUACAGUCUGGACCAUAGACCUGUCAGAGAGAAAAGCCUCCAUCCUCCUGGAAGUGCUGAAACUCCAGUCAAGGAAGAAACAGGUGGAGGUGAAAGGAUGUUCACAUGAAGAGAGUGAAGUGAGGAGUUUCCUUCAGUGUCUGCCUUAUAUCUCACAGCUCAGCUUUCAUUACUGCUCUGCCUUCAAAGAUCAAGUCAAGUUCUGUGGGAAUCUGUUCUGUGCAGCAGCAGAGAGAGACCAGCAGACAGGAGAGAAGAUCCUCCAGCUCUUAUCAUCAGUGUGCAAGUAUCAGACAUUUCCUCUCACUCAGAAAUGGGUGGAUUUCCAACUGGACCUGUACUCUUAUGAACCUGAAGUAGCUGUAAAAGUCCUUCCAGCGUUACAGUCAGUUCUCCAGUCAGUUCCUACAGUCUGGACCAUAGACCUGUCAAAGAGAAAAGCCUCCAUCCUCCUGGAAGUGCUGAAACUCCAGUCAGAGAAGAAACAGGUGGAGGUGAAAGGAUGUUCACAUGAAGAGAGUGAAGUGAGGAGUUUCCUUCAGUGUCUGCCUUAUAUCUCACAGCUCAGUUUUCAUCCCUGCUCUGCCUUCAAAGAUCAAGUCAAGUUCUGUGGGAAUCUGUUCUGUGCAGCAGCAGAGAGAGACCAGCAGACAGGAGAGAAGAUCCUCCAGCUCUUAUCAUCAGUGUGCAAGUAUCAGACAUUUCCUCUCACUCAGAAAUGGAUGGAUUUCCAACUGGACCUGUACUCUUAUGAACCUGAAGUAGCUGUAAAAGUCCUUCCAGCGUUACAGUCAGUUCUCCAGUCAGUUCCUACAGUCUGGACCAUAGACCUGUCAGAGAGAAAAGCCUCCAUCCUCCUGGAAGUGCUGAAACUCCAGUCAGAGAAGAAACAGGUGAAGGUGAAAGGAUGUUCACAUGAAGAGAGUGAAGUGAGGAGUUUCCUUCAGUGUCUGCCUUAUAUCUCACAGCUCAGUUUUCACCCCUGCUCUGACUUCAAAGAUGAAGUCAAGUUCUGUGGGAAUCUGUUCUGUGCAGCAGCAGAGAGAGACCAGCAGACAGGAGAGAAGAUCCUCCAGCUCUUAUCAUCAGUGUGCAAGUAUCAGACAUUUCCUCUUAAUGUUAGACACACAGACUAUGAAUAUCAGUGUGAUUUCCUUCUGGAUCUGUGCUGCCAUGUGAAGGACUAUGACAGUACAACAGGCAUGAGUGUCCUUCCAGCGUUACAAUCAGUUCUCCAGUCAGUUCCUACAGUCUGGACCAUAGACCUGUCAGAGAGAAAAGCCUCCAUCCUCCUGGAAGUGCUGAAACUCCAGUCAGAGAAGAAACAGGUGGAGGUGACAGGAUGUUCACAUGAAGAGAGUGAAGUGAGGAGUUUCCUUCAGUGUCUGCCUUAUAUCUCACAGCUCAGUUUUCAUCCCUGGUCUGCCUUCAAAGAUGAAGUCAAGUUCUGUGGGAAUCUGUUCUGUGCAGCAGCAGAGAGAGACCAGCAGACAGGAGAGAAGAUCCUCCGGCUCUUAUCAUCAGUGUGCAAGUAUCAGACAUUUCCUCUGAAUGUUAGACACACAGACUAUGAAUAUCAGUGUGAUUUCCUUCUGGAUCUGUGCUGCCAUGUGAAGGACUAUGACAGUACAACAGGCAUGAGUGUCCUUCCAGCGUUACAGUCAGUUCUCCAGUCAGUUCAUACAGUCUGGACCAUAGACCUGUCAGAGAGAAAAGCCUCCAUCCUCCUGGAAGUGCUGAAACUCCAGUCAGAGAAGAAACAGGUGAAGGUGACAGGAUGUUCACAUGAAGAGAGUGAAGUGAGGAGUUUCCUUCAGUGUCUGCCUUAUAUCUCACAGCUCAGUUUUUAUCCCUGGUCUGACUUCAAAGAUGAAGUCAAGUUCUGUGGGAAUCUGUUCUGUGCAGCAGCAGAGAGAGACCAGCAGACAGGAGAGAAGAUCCUCCAGCUCUUAUCAUCAGUGUGCAAGUAUCAGACAUUUCCUCUGAAUGAUAAAAAUUAUGAAGACCAGGAUGAAGACGAAUAUCAGUCUGUUUUCCUUCUGGAUCUGUACUGCCAUGUGAAGGACUAUGACAGUACAACAGGCAUGAGUGUCCUUCCAGCGUUACAGUCAGUUCUCCAGUCAGUUCAUACAGUCUGGACCAUAGACCUGUCAGAGAGAAAAGCCUCCAUCCUCCUGGAAGUGCUGAAACUCCAGUCAGGGAAGAAACAGGUGGAGGUGACAGGAUGUUCACAUGAAGAGAGUGAAGUGAGGAGUUUCCUUCAGUGUCUGCCUUAUAUCUCACAGCUCAGUUUUCAUCCCUGCUCUGACUUCAAAGAUGAAGUCAAGUUCUGUGGGAAUCUGUUCUGUGCAGCAGCAGAGAGAGACCAGCAGACAGGAGAGAAGAUCCUCCAGCUCUUAUCAUCAGUGUGCAAGUAUCAGACAUUUCCUCUUAAUGUUAGACACACAGACUAUAAAUAUCAGUCUGAUUUCCUUCUGGAUCUGUACUGCCAUGUGAAGGACUAUGACAGUACAACAGGCAUGAGUGUCCUUCCAGCGUUACAGUCAGUUCUCCAGUCAGUUCCUACAGUCUGGACCAUAGACCUGUCAAAGAGAAAAGCCUCCAUCCUCCUGGAAGUGCUGAAACUCCAGUCAGAGAAGAAACAGGUGGAAGUGACAGGAUGUUCACAUGAAGAGAGUGAAGUGAGGAGUUUCCUUCAGUGUCUGCCUUAUAUCUCACAGCUCAGUUUUCAUCCCUGGUCUGACUUCAAAGAUCAAGUCAAGUUCUGUGGGAAUCUGUUCUGUGCAGCAGCAGAGAGAGACCAGCAGACAGGAGAGAAGAUCCUCCAGCUCUUAUCAUCAGUGUGCAAGUAUCAGACAUUUCCUCUGAAUGUUAGACACACAGACUAUAAAUAUCAGUCUGUUUUCCUUCUGGAUCUGUGCUGCCAUGUGAAGGACUAUGACAGUACAACAGGCAUGAGUGUCCUUCCAGCGUUACAGUCAGUUCUCCAGUCAGUUCCUACAGUCUGGACCAUAGACCUGUCAAAGAGAAAAGCCUCCAUCCUCCUGGAAGUGCUGAAACUCCAGUCAGAGAAGAAACAGGUGGAGGUGAAAGGAUGUUCACAUGAAGAGAGUGAAGUGAGGAGUUUCCUUCAGUGUCUGCCUUAUAUCUCACAGCUCAGCUGUUAUCCAGCCUUCUUCCAGAACGUGUGCUCGUCCAUCUCCAUAAGAUCCAGAGAGGAGACCCAGCAGCUGGUGUCUCUGCUGCAGCUCCAGGGCUUCAGCCUGCUGUUAGAAGGAGAAUUAAACCAGAAAACCUGCCGCUCUGUGGGCCGACUUCUCAGGCUUUGUGGACAGAAGGUGGACCUCAUCCUCACACCCACACAGAUUUCUCCCAGACGAGCCUCUGUCCUCUUUAAACAGACCUCACAUCUACACAGUCUGAGACUGUCUGAUUCUGUGGCCUCACUGCUGUUUCGAUGGAUGAGAAGAAGAAGAGUGGUCUGUGCUUUUGCUGUUGAAGAGCUUUGUCUUUUCUCAAAAACAAACAAACGAUCAGACCCAGCGCUGCUGAAGGUUGUCAGCGUUGUGUCACGUCUGCUCAGAUUCUGGAUGGUCAGAUGUUUGGACCUGACUGAGUUCUGUGUCCCUGCUCUGUCUCUCAUCACACUUCUGCUUCAUGAUGCUCCUCUGAAAAUCAAACUGAAUACAGAUAAGUACCGGCAGCUGGUCGUUCUCCUCCAUGAAAUCCAGGACAAGGACCUGAGCUGCUCCUUUGUGAGUAAGUGUGGUGGAGACCUGAGCACCUGCUGUCUGAACUGGGAGCUUCUUCAUUAUCUCCUGCAGCAGCCACAUCACACCUUCACUGUGAACAUGAGGAACAACAGCUUCUUAGAGGAGAACAUCACACGUCUGCUCCCCUUUGUGGACAGAAUUCGAUUUCUGAGACCCAGUCCCAGCUUUGUGUUGGCUGCCAUCAGAGAGAUUGGUAAAGCUCAAGCCCGUCACAUUAUCCCAGGUUUCCUGAGGUCAUUAGAUCACAUGCUCAGCCUGACCUGCAGGGAGCUGGACUCUGCAGACUUCACUGCUCUGCUCUUCACUCUGAAACACUGUGACAGAGUGAAGGUCAACCUGCUGUGGACUUCCAUACCAACAGAGGAAACACAGUCCCUCCUCUUCACACUGGACAGAGUUUCUCAGCUCAGUGUUGACAGGGAUCUGCUGCUCAGGCUGGUCCACUGCUGCGCUGCCUCUAAUGUCCACCAGAGGGCAGCAUCAGACCUGCUCCGGUCUCUGCAGCACCGUUUGGAUCUGUCCCGGUCCUCCUGUGUGGUUCUGUCAGACCGGGAUCAGAGUGAAGCCCUGAUUCUGACCGCCGAGGACUGCAGGGCCGUCUCCGUCAUCCUAAGACACAUCAGUCAGGACACGCAGCUUGACCUGCGAGACUGUGAGGUGGAGGACAGUGGACUGGACCUGCUGCUUCCUGUCCCUGACAGAGUCCACCUCAGAGCCAGUAAAGCUGUCGUCCUCCGCCUGCUGUCUCUGGUUCCAGUGAACAAUGAGAGGGACACUGUGAGACGGACACAGUCCCUGUGGAAGGCCCUGCGUGGAGAGCUGGACCUGAGCCACACCACACUGGACCAGAGGACCUGUGGAGCUUUGGCCCUGAUGCUGGACCUUUCUGAGGGGCUGACUGAGCUGGACCUCAGUCACUGUCAGCUGUCUGACCAGCUGCUGUUCACGCUCAGCUCACAUUUGCACAAAGUCCAGGUCCUGGAUCUGAGUCACAAUCAGAUCACUGAUGCUUCUACUUUCGUAUUCCUCCGCCUGCUCUGGAUGAACACUCCUACUCAGACUGUGCGACUCUUCGGUAACAACAUUGUGGACAGGACUCCAUUUAAUAAAGACAAACGGUUUGAAAUAUGGUGAAGCAGCAGUGACGGCUGAUCCCAGACAAUGUGUUUAUGAUGAGCACAUGAGAAUCACUGGUUUUUACAUGAGAAUCACUGGUUUUUACAUGAGAAUCACUUGGUUUUACAUGAGAAUCACUGGUUUUUACAUGAGAAUCACUUGGUUUUACAUGAGAAUCACUGGUUUUUACAUGAGAAUCACUUGGUUUUACAUGAGAAUCACUGGUUUUUACAUGAGAAUCACUGGUUUUUACAUGAGAAUCACUGGUUUUUACAUGAGAACAACGGUAGCAGAUAAAAAUUAUCUGGGGAUGAUUCAUCUGUGUACAUGUCUCCUUUAUGAUGCUCAUAUUCCUCAUCUUUGCAGGGUUCCCAUGGUUUCUUAAAGUCUUAACAGUCUUGAAUUUACAAAUCUGCAUUUAAUACCUUAAAGUCUUUAAAAGGUGUUAAAUUUGAUCUGGUAGGUCUUAGGUUAUGUUUCCAUGAACCUGUUUGCUGUAUUCUGUUUAAAUGUGUCUGUUAAAUGUAGAAGCUUCAAAUAAAGUAACUUUAGUUGACUCAGUUCCACCCGUUCAAACCCAACAAUUAAAAAUUAGGAGCCAAUUAUCGCUAACUUUGGAGCCCCCGGUCAAAAAUGAAUCUAAACAGUGAGAAUCAAGGUGUCGGAGUAAAUAAAUACAUUUUCCUAAAUUCUAGGAGUCAUGAGUUUUUGCCAAAGUGGCCGUGAAAUAGGCUCUGAAAUGGGCAUUCAGUUCUGUUCUAAGUAGUCUAAAAAGGUCUUAAAAAGUCUUAAAUUUAACUUAUAGAAACUGGUGGGGACCCUGUCUUUGAUAAUUCCCCCGAUGUUCACGUCUCAACGUUAUGGAGAAGGAGCCAAAACUGGUUGAAUAUUUUAUCCUCUAAUGCAACAGCAGUACAUCGGAGUAUCUUAAGUAAACAGUGAAAGAUGUCAGGGAUCUCAUCCUCACACAUGUAAGUGUGAACUGUAACAGACAUUUAUUUUGUUAUCCUCAGUACUUUACGACACUUAAAGCAGUGUUUGACUUUCAUCACUAAUUUUUUUUCAAACGUGUAAAACUCCAGUGCUAGCCUAGUUAUCACUAAUCCAUUAGUCUUUCCGUGCUAAUGCACCUAAAUCACUUCCCUCACGGUGAACAGCUUCACAUCACAAGCAGUCCGUUUGUUUACAUACCAAACUGAUCCGUCACUCGUGCCUUUUUGGAAAUUUUGUCACAAAGUGCAUUGUGGGAAUGUGAGUUCCAUGCAGCCGCAGCAGCAACAAACACGGAGACAACAAACAAUGAAACCACAUCUGCUACCGAGUCAGAACAAAUGGAAGGAAUCACUGUAGGUCAGUGGUCAUCUUAUAAUACAGGGUGUGUGAUGGUGGAAAACAAACAAUACGUAGACAUGUGUCACUGUAGGUUUAUCAGACACGUACUGUAAGGGGUGAGUGAGCGGUGAGGGCGUGGCCAUACCCUGUAUGCUUGUGAGGUGUGUAUGGUUUCAAUGCUUGUUCUUCCCAUGUUUUUUUUGCUGCGGCGGCUGCAUGGCACUCCGACUCCCACAAUGCACUUCGCGAUAAAAUUUCUGAAAUGUACGUUCCGGUAUGUUAACAAACGGACUAUUUACGAUGGGAAGUAUUCACUGUGAGGGAAGUGAUUCAGGAGCAUAAAUGUAACAGAUAAGGAAAAUUAUACUGCAUAGAAAUAUGGUCUUUUUAUUUUAUGGGGUAUUCAUUAUGUUUUGUUGAAUAUAUUGAGGGUUAAUUUCACCAAAAUCCUCGCAGAGCAGCUGAACAGGUUCUUCACCCGGUUCCACGGCCACGGCACACCGACCAUGUGGACCUGUUGACCUCCUAGUCCCCCCCACACACCCUUGUUGUUGAUGAACAGUGUGUGAAUCCACCAUAAUCCCAAUCCCCCAAAAGGUUACUGUGAAGGACCAGACCAGGACCAGACUAGACCGGCCAUAGGUCCAAACAUCUGUAUAGUGUAAAUGAAUGAAUGAACCUGUUCUGUUUGUUUUUCUUUCGGUGUACUGUUGGUUUGUUUACUCUGUGUUUAAUUUUCAAAUUGAGGACAAAUUGUAAUAAUGAAUGUUUUUGUGACUAACACCUUAAUAAAACAUGUGGACAAAACUGUGGA